AUGGAGACAUUAGUAAAAGGUUGGUGGGUUCUGUUUUUUCUAGCGGUGGCAAUUGUUAGGCUGAGAGGUGAUGACUUGGUAAGGGGCCCCACUAGUACCAAUUCUUCUUCAGUUCAUGUCAAGCUUCCCCAAGGAAAAGACAAUGUUGAAGUAAGCAAUAGAACUUCUACUGAAGUUGUGCUCGAUGAUAAGAACAAAAAUAGAGGACCAUAUUAUAGAGGAGGAGGAGGUGGUGGUGGUGGUGGGGUGGUGGAGGCGGGUGGAGGAGGAGGUGGUGGUGGUGGCAGUUUUGGAUGGGGAUGGGGUGGAGGUGGAGGAGGUGGUGGUGGAGGAGGGGGAGGGGGAGGGGGAGGUGGGGGAUGGGGAUGGGGAGGAGGAGGUGGUGGUUGGUAUAAAUGGGGAUGUGGAGGAACAAAACCUGGCAAAGGCAAGGGAAGAAGAGGAGCAGGUAGAGGCAUUCACAGUCAUCAAGCGCAUAGGAAGAGAGUUUUCAACAAGGAAGAUUAUAAGCUAGGUGAGUUUGCUCAAUGCAUGGUUAGAGGAAGGUGCAGAGGCAUGAGGUUGGAUUGCCCUCUUCAUUGUGGUGGACCUUGCGUCUAUGACUGCCAACAUAUGUGCAAAGCUCACUGCAGACGCCCAUGAUUCCUUUAACCCUCAACCAAUCUCUUAACCUCUUUUCUCAUUCUCUUUUCCCCCCCUCAUCUUUUCUAAUUUCUCAAUUGGCAGAAUGUUAAGCAGAAGAACAAUCCAUUGAAGAGUUUUAACUAAUGUUUGUCUUCAUCAUCAUCAGGUUCAUAUGGAUUCUUUGAGUUGCUUGAUAUUUCAAUGGGCUGAGAUUUUGUA